AUGUGGAGAGCGGGUCUCCUGGUGGUGAUCCUGUGUACACCACUGACGCUGGCCCAGUUUCCCCGAGUGUGUAUAACCCCUGAGGUGUUGCUGAGUGGACAGUGCUGCCCAUCUCCUACUGGUGUGGUGGGGGACGAAUGUGGCUUCAGAUCAGGAAGGGGGCAGUGUGUGGCCAUCACAGCUGACAACAUGCGCUAUGGACCCCAGUACCCCUACGCUGGGCGUGAUGACAGAGAGAUGUGGCCGCUGAGAUUUUUCAACCGUACCUGCCAAUGUAAUGGGAAUUUCAGCGGCUUUGACUGUGGAAGGUGUAAACAUGGGCUUACUGGACCAAACUGUGAUCAGAGGGUCCCUGUGGUGAGGAAAAAUAUCAUGGAACUGAGCCCAGCUGAGAAGCAGAAUUUUGUGAAUGCUUUGGAUCAAGCUAAGAGGACUGUGCACCCUGACCUAGUCAUCAUGACAAGACGAUACCCGGAGGUUUUUGGGCCCAAUGGUAGCACCCCUCAGUUUGAGAACAUUUCUGUUUACAACUUCUUUGUUUGGAGCCACUACUACUCAGUGGGCAACACCUACCUGGGGCCAGGACAGCCAACCUUUGAGGGCAUAGACUUCUCCCACGAGGGACCUGGUUUUGUCACCUGGCACAGAUUUCACCUGCUGCAACUGGAGAAAGACAUGCAGAAUAUGCUGGAUGACCCCUCCUUCGCCCUGCCAUACUGGAACUUUGCCAUCGGAGGCAGCGAGUGUGAUAUCUGCACCGACGACCUGAUGGGAGCUAGGAGCUCUUUUGAUUUGAAUGCCAUCAGCUCUAACUCAGUGUUCUCCCAGUGGAGGGUCGUCUGUGAGAGCGUGGAGGACUACGACACUUUGGGCACCAUCUGCAACAGCUCGGAGACCAAUCCCAUCAGGAGGAAUCCAGCUGGAAACGUGGCGCGACCAAUGGUGCAGAAGCUGCCAGAGCCCAAGGAUGUGUUGGACUGUCUGGAGCUCAAAACCUUUGACACUCCGCCUUUCUACUCCACCUCCUCAGAGAGCUUCAGGAACACUAUUGAAGGCUACAGUGCUCCCCAGGGCACAUAUGACCCAGUGAUCCGCAGCCUUCAUAACCUAGCCCACCUCUUCCUCAAUGGGACAGGAGGACAAACUCACCUCUCACCAAAUGACCCCAUCUUUGUCCUGCUGCACACAUUCACUGAUGCAAUCUUCGAUGAGUGGCUCAGCAGACACCAACCAGAUGGAUAAACCUUAUACUCUUGUGCUGCAGGUCAAGUAGUUUAUCCUGAGGAGAAUGCUCCAAUUGGGCACAACAGGAGAUUCAACAUGGUGCCUUUUUGGCCUCCUGUCACCAAUGCUGAGAUGUUUGUCGUUGCCCCAGCCAACUUGGGAUACUCCUAUGAGGUUGACUGGCCAACUCCUGGCUUCACCCUCUCUGAGAUCAUCACCAUUGCUAUCGUUGGGGCUGUGAUCGUGGUCACAGUGGUGGGCGGCAUCAUUGCCUGUGCCUUACGUGCCCGCUCCUACCGCUCAUCUGAGGCCCUGGAGCCACUGCUGGGGGAGACUUUCCGGCGCUACUCAGAAGAUGACAGGAGGUUGGACAAAUCGCAGUCUGUUGUCUAA